GCCGCCAGGCAGCGAUGCGGGUCCCGGGCCCUGCCGGCAGGCGGCCCCCGCCGUGAGCCGCCCCGCGGGGAGCCGCUGGGCUGCGGCAGGCCGGCCGGCCGGCGCUGCGGGGUGCAUGGGGGCGCCCCCCGCCCGCAGAGAGGUGUGACUCCUCCGGAGGACGGCGCUCGGCCCCGCAAGGCCAGCGGCCCCGGAGCCCCGCGGCCGGGCUCCAGGAGCGGAAAAUAAAAAAAAUAAAAUAAAAAUCAGGAGGGGGCGCGGGACCCUGAGGAGAGCAUCGCCCCCCUUCCCAGGCGGCUGCUGCCUCCCGAGAGAUGAAGAAGUUUUUCGACUCGCGUCGGGAGCAGGGCGGCUCUGGCCCCGGGUCGGGCACCAGCGGCGGCGGCGGCGGCAGCGGAGGCCCAGGCAGCGGCUACAUCGGCAGGGUGUUCAGCAUCGGCCGCCACCAGGUGACGGUGGACGAGGUGCUGGCCGAAGGUGGAUUUGCAAUAGUGUUUCUUGUGAGGACUAACAAUGGGAUGAAAUGUGCCCUGAAGCGGAUGUAUGUCAAUAACGAAUACGACUUGCAAGUCUGCAAAAGAGAAAUCCAAAUCAUGCGGGAUCUAUCUGGCCAUAAGAACAUUGUCGGAUACAUUGAUUCCAGUAUCAACUCAGUAAGCAGUGGUGAUGUUUGGGAAGUGCUGAUACUAAUGGACUUCUGCCGAGGAGGGCAGGUGGUGAACCUCAUGAACCAACGCCUGCAGACAGGUUUCACUGAGAAUGAGGUCCUGCAGAUCUUUUGUGACACCUGUGAAGCUGUAGCGAGGCUGCAUCAGUGUAAAACACCAAUAAUCCACAGGGAUCUGAAGGUUGAAAAUAUCCUGCUGCAUGACCGUGGCCACUAUGUCCUGUGUGACUUUGGAAGUGCCACUAACAAAUUCCAGAACCCUCAGACAGAAGGGGUGAAUGCGGUAGAGGAAGAGAUCAAAAAGUACACUACAUUAUCCUACAGAGCACCAGAAAUGGUCAACCUGUAUAGUGGCAAACUUAUUACUACAAAAGCAGACAUAUGGGCACUCGGCUGUUUGCUGUAUAAGUUGUGUUAUUUCACCUUGCCGUUUGGGGAGAGUCAGGUGGCAAUCUGUGAUGGCAAUUUCACCAUUCCAGAUAAUUCUCGGCAUUCGCAAGACAUGCACUGCCUCAUCCGGUAUAUGCUUGAACCAGACCCUGAUAAGAGACCUGAUAUUUAUCAGGUCUCCUACUUUGCAUUCAAAUUGGCAAAGAAGGAAUGCCCGGUCCAGAACGUCCAGAACUCUACAAUCCCUGCUAAACUCCCAGACCCAGUCAAAGCAAGUGAAGCUGCUGCGAAGAAGAGUCAACCCAAGGCCAGGUUGACAGAUCCCAUUCCUACAACAGAGACGUCCAUAGCACCCCGCCAGAGACCUAAAGCAGGACAGACACAACCCAACCCUGGAAUUUUACCCAUUCAGCCGGCCCUCACACCUAGAAAGCGACCCACAAGCCAAGCAGCAAUUCAACCACAAGUUGCAGGGCCUGCUGCCUUGGGCAGUGGUCAGCCUUCCCUCCCUGCAAGUGUUCCCCAGCAAAAGGCAGCACCUCAACAGACUCCGGCACAGCCACAAGCCAAACAAGCUCCAGCUUCCCAGCAGGCAUCACAGGCACAGCCCCAAGUCCCUUCUGCUCAGCCACAAGCCACACCUCAACACCAACAGCAGCUUUUCUUGAAGCAGCAGCUACUGCAGCAGCAGCAGCAACAGGCUGCAUAUUACCAGCAGCAACAGAUGAUGCAAGCUCAGCAGUUCCCAGUGAUGCAGCAGGGAGCGCCAGCACAGCAGCAGCUUAUGCAGAACUACUACCAGCAGCAGCAACAACAGCAGCAGCAGAUGAUGGCCCAGCAGGCAGCAAUGCAGCAGAAGACAGCAGUAGCAGCAGUUCAGCAAAAGCAACAGACUCCAGCACCUCCACAGACCCAGCAAAGUGCGGCCCAGCCAACGCCACAGCAGGAACAAGUGAUGCAGGCGCAAAUAAGGCAACAACAAAAACCUCAAACCACACCACCUACAGCAGUUCAGGGGCAGAAGCUGGGUUCUCUCACCCCUCCGUCCUCCCCCAAGACACAGCGUGCAGGACACAGGAGGAUUCUGAGUGAUGUGACCCACAGUGCUGUUUUUGGGGUCCCAGCCAGCAAGUCUACCCAGCUCCUGCAGGCAGCUGCUGCUGAAGCCAGUCUCAACAAGUCCAAAUCUGCUUCCACUACGCCCUCGGGUUCCCCAAGGACCUCACAGCAGAAUGUCUAUAACCCACCUGAUGUCUCCACAUGGAAUCCAUUUGAUGAUGAUAACUUCUCCAAACUCACAGCUGAGGAGCUGCUGAAUAAGGACUUUGCAAAGUUGGGUGAUGGAAAAGCUCCAGAAAAGAUGGGAAGUUCCACAGAGAACUUGAUUCUGGGUUUCCAGCCGGCUUCUUCUGCAACUCAGCCGGAUGCAUUUGGUGGCCCUUCUACCUUCACUGCUGGAACAGCCGAAAAAACGAAAGACAUUCUGAAUUUGGACACUAGCCCUCCUCUUCUGACUGUGCCUGAUCCUUUCAUUCCUCUCCCAUUAUCUGACACACCAGAAAAACUGAUUGAGGGGCUCAAAUCUCCUGAGACUGCGCUUCUGCUCCCUGAUAUCCUGCCUCUUGCUGACCCCUUCGGUAGCACGUCAGAUGCUGUGAAUGGAAAACCUGACGUAGCUGUUGAGAGUCUCAUACCAGGCCUCGAGGCUCCAUUGCCCCAACGCCUUGUGUCGCAGACUGAGUCGGUUGCUUCCAACAGAACAGACUCUCUCACUGGGGAAGACUCUCUGCUUGACUGUUCUCUGCUUUCUAACCCUGCUGCUGACCUCUUGGAUGAGUUUGCUCCUGUAGCUUUCACGGCUCAACCUCACAAAGAAGAUACUAACCUGAUAGCAGGCUUUGAUGCUCCUGAGGGCUCUGAAAAAGUGACAGAAGAUGAGUUUGACCCAAUUCCAGUGUUGAUAUCCAAAAAUUCACAAGGUCUGCAGAGGGAUCCAGCCCUAUUUCCAGUUGUAGCUCUUGAUCUCUGUAAAGGACCUUCUGGCAGUGAUGGACUUGCUUUGUACAAAGGUCAGUCUGAGAUGCUAGAGGUGAAAACCCAGCAUAACUCAGAGGCAGACUACUUAGCAAGAGAUGGUCCUUCAAGCAACAGCUCCUUCUACAGCAGUGAAGGAGAGGGGACAGACCAUGAAGGAGAUAUUUUGGAUUGUAGUGGAUCCAGGCCUUUACUGAUGGAUUCAGAAGAGGAGGAGGAAACCUGCAAGCUGGGCCCAGGGUUCCUGCAAGCUGGACACAGGGAAAGACGGGAGGCUUCCAAAGAUGCCCACUCCCAAUCUUCCCAGGCCAGAGCAGGGGAGAUGCCAUUCCCUGCCUUCCAGUCGCACUCUGGGGAAGUUUUUAAUGAACCAGAUGUUUUUGCCACGGCUCCUUUCCGAAGCUCGAGAAAAGUGCCUGAUGAGGUGGAUGUCUUUACCAAAGCUCCUUUCAUUUCCAAGAGCAAUAUGGCUCACAGACAUCCAGAAGAAGCAGAUGUGUUUCUGAGAGCCCCUUUCACAAAAAAGAAAAGCAUGGAAGAGUUGACUUCUCAUAGCAUGCCUAAGGAACCAUUCACACCUCCUGUUUUCCUAAGUCAAGCAGGCGAUGUCCAACACAGAGCCAGCCCUAUGUUCCAAGGCCUGGAUACAGCAUUUCAUGGGUCCACGGCCUCGGCAAGACCUCAGUAUCCCUCUGCAGGCUUUACUCAGCCAACCAAUCUUCCUCCUUCUGUAAGAGCGGUGGAGGCCCAGGAGAACAUCCCUUCUAAAGGUGUGCAACCCGACCACAGCGGCGUGCCCAGUGAGAGGAACCAAGGACAAGUGCUCCCACAGGAAGCCAUCCUGGGCUCCAUGGUUAACAAGCCUUUCCGUCCACAAUCCUUGUCAAAGUACUCCCGUCACUACAGUCCAGAAGAUGGGCAAGGUCUUGAAGUCAAGCCCAUAGCUGCUUACAAAGUGGUUUCUCAGACCAACAGACAGGCAAUAGCAGGAUCUGUAUCUGUUGCCCCCCUGUCUUCCAGGACUACGGAACUGCCUGACGGGGAUCCUUUUGCUUCAGCACCCUUUCCUUCCAAAGCAGGAAAGCAAAAGCCUUAAUCUGCUGUGAGCUGGGAGGUGUGCUUCCUGUAGAACACCUCUCAUGGGACCUUGAACCUCUUAGUUGAAUUGAAUGACAUAGCAAUAUAUAUGUAUUAUUAUUAUUUGGUCAGAACUCUAUUUGCAGUGAUACAUAGUUGAACCAUUUUAAGUUAUGUUAGCUAAACUGAAUGCCUGGCUCUCAGGAUCUUCAUAUCCUUUUCAAUUGCUUCUUACCUUCCUCCACUCACUGCCUUCCAUGCCACCCCCAGGUAUUUUUAGAUGCUUUUCCAAAACUGUAAUAUUCCAUACUUUCUGGCUGGGAAAAGACGUUAUAAGAUGAAUUAGAAGGCUUAUUAAUUACAGAGCAAGUCAAGCGGGACUGGCUCAUGCUCUGGCAAAGAAGUGAUUUCGCAUGUUGAAGGGUUAUUGGGACUCUGUUCCCAGCAGUGGGGGCUUCUGGAGGACAGCAAGGUGACACAUUCUGCUGCUGGUAGCACUGGCAAGCUUGGCAGCUGAGGCUCCAGGGUCAUUCGCUCAUGUACAGUGCAUGUUUGUAGGUUUUUAUGCACAACAGGCAAUGUCUAGCACCAGGUCUAUGCAGUGCAGAGGUGAGCAGAACAGUGGCAGCGUGCGUGCAGCACCCCUUAGCUCACUGCCAUGUGCAAAGCACAGUGUGUCAGCGCCCAGAGCAGUCGGGAGGAGGACUCAGUGCCUUCCACUGCUCGUCUUUCAAAUGCUCGAGAACUGAAACUUCAGCGUAGCAAUCUGUCAGGCUGAUACCAUUGCUGUUACUAGGAAAAUCAAAAUAUCAAGCAAAACUUUGACAUGCAUGUAUCUUGUCUGGUUUAUGCCAAAGCGUAGAACCCAGAAAUUUGCUUUUGUUGUUGUGAAGGAGAGAGUAAUGUAAUGUGCAUUAACACAGUAUUAAAAAUAAGCCUGAUGGAAAAGUUUAUUAUGGAAAUAACCUGACAGAUGUCCUGAUCUGCAUACCUCAUUUGGUGUAAUUCUGCAGUGGGUGCAAUCCGGUUAGACUGAUAUAUGCUAGCAGAGAACUUGACUCUAGAUUCAUCAGUUCUGCUUUUUGUUUUCUUAUCAAUCAAGAUGAAUCCAAACAAAAUCUACUCACUCUUCUCUGGUAACAUUUGCUCUACUUCAGAAGUCUUGUGCUUCCUACCGUAUUCCUAAAGAGAAAGACAUCUCCCUGUUUGUUCUGCCAUUGAUGUAGUGAAUCCCAAUAUGGUGUUUGGUGGGAAGAUAGUCCAAAAGGUUUACUCCAGCUGUUUGUCACCUGCUGGCCACUAGGCAGAAAUAAAGUAGACUUUGCUUCCCUCUCUUCACAAUAAUACAAGGCAGAGAUAAGAGCGAAACCUCCUGCCUUGGUCUUUGCAAAGUGCCUGUUGCAUUGCUUGUCUUGGUCCUGCUAUUUCUGGCCAGCAGCAGCUAUGUAUCUGUAAGUGUUGUCUGGUUUCAAAACAUGUGGGUGUGGGGGCUCUUUAGGCUCGCAGUCACUCAUGCCUCUGUAGUGCAGUGGUCCUACAUCCUAACAGGUGCUGAUGUUGCAGAAUGUCUCCCAAGAACAAUCUCCAGUUGUUUUGUUUGCAAGGGCUUCCUCAUUGACUCCAGGAGUUUCUGCCAAGCCCCUCAAAAGCCUUGCAGUGACCAUUUCCCAAGUGAAUUUGAUCCUUAUCCUGUAAGCUGGAGCCUUGCACAAAGGCUAAACGACAGAUGGCCUUUGGGGCUCUCUCACAAGUGCCUUUGAGCUUUUGUGGGGGAGUUGUUGGAGCUGGCUGCUGAGGUAGUUUGCCGUGGUCAGGACCUGCUGCGAGUGGAGCAGGUUUCUGUCAUGCCCUCUUCCCGAUGUGCUUGUACUCAGAGAGAAGAUUCAGGACUACUGUCCCACUAGGGGAGGGAAGGGAUGAUGUAACUCCUUGUAAUGUGCUGGAGUCACACCAGCGAAAGCUGCUGCAGCCAAAUUCAAUUUUGGGGGGGGAAAAAAAAAAAAAAGACACUGCCUCCAUCCAUAGUGUUGGCUGAUGUCCAGAUAAUAAACAUUAAAGUAACUCAGCGAGCUUGUUACAGAUGCAUGUGAAGACUGCUCAAACAAAGCAGAGCACGUGAACAGGAACACAGUUCAGGUCUCUGGUGAAUUUUCAGCCCUGCAGUAAGGAGAGGGUGGAUGGAAAAGUCUGGAGCACCAGGAGAUGACAAACAAAGCAUGUGCAGAUAGGAGUUACCGACUGCUCUGCAUUCCGCAUCCCCUCCCUAGUCUCAGUUCCCUUCCAAAACCUAAAGUUGUAAACCAAAUGUUGCUGCAGGGAGCAUUCAGCAUUGGGUUUACCUGGAAGACAGAGAGAAAAAAAAAAAAGUGGGACUGAGGUGUUGAAAGCCCUGGGGAGGGGACGGACAGCUCUUGGGGGCAUGGAGGCUGUGUGCAGCUGGAUCUCCUGCCUUGUUCUGCUGCAUAGCACCGGUGUGCUGCUGCAGGUGUGUUCUUCCUGUGCUCCUCACUGCCUCUGGGAGAUAAAGUGCUGCAAAGAAAUUUCUGGGUUUCCCUUAAGACCUUUAGUGAAGCUGAAAUUGUACUUUUUUGCAUUUUGUUGUCAUUGAGUUUUCUGUUCAAAUACAUACCUGAGAGUGAUUGACCAUGCAGGUUGUUGCUGGAUUGGAUCAGUGAGAGAUGCCAAGGAGGACCGUGAUAUCAAACUGUGAAAUGCAGGGGAUACCAAGGAGGCUAAGCAUGAGGAUGUAGAUUUGUUUCAGCACACGGCUGUGCCGUGGCGAUGCACAUGGCCAGCAGGCUGAAUUUGGCCUUAAGCUGUUAAAUUCAUUCGGGAAGCCAACAGAAGGAAGGUCAGGGCUUGGCAGUGUAGGGAUGGAUCUGUGCACGCAGGAUAUGCUUUGCUGGAAUAAGCAGGUACCACAUAUAAAUAAGAUGUGGGCUCAAGGUAUUACCUCUGUUAACUGGAUUCAUGUUCUCCUUCCUUUCUUUCUUUUUUUUUUUUACUUGAAAAGUUGCUUUUGGAUAAUUCUGUGAAACUUCUUACGAUACCACAUCCAGGUGUCGCUUAACAAAAGAAAAAAAAAAACUGGUGUGCUCACAUCAGUGAGGCGGAGGUGAGCCCUGUAUCGUUCAGACCUCUCUGUCCUGCGCUGCUGGCCAUGGGAGGAUGGGGAGCGUGCAGAGGUGCAGCUGGGUGCGAGGGCUCACCGGCAGCAUGGGCUCAGGUUGGGUCAGGCUGAAUUUCCAGUUAGCAUUUUGGCAGCUUCUGUUCCUCAAGCACUUUAUACAGAGUAAGCUAACCACGCCCCAGAAACUAAUGAUCCUGCCGGCAUGCAUCUAGUGCUUAAAUGGUUUAAAAAUAUGUUGGGGCGAUGGGGGGAGAGCUUGUUUGAAUCUAUGUGUGUGACCUAUGAAGGAAUAGGACUUCUGGUUGCAGUCAGAAAAUUGAAUUUCAAUACCAGUUAGUCUGAUACCAUUCUAGUUUCCAGCCUGUAUUCCUCCUAAUCCUGCAUGGCCAGUACUGCAGCUUCAGCGUGAUGUAUUGUAAGUGGAAAUUUCAUUUCCUUAUUUUGUGAAGCUGCAGUUUCUAAUGAUCAUGGAGUAAUAGUGCUUGUAGCUUUCUUUGUCACCUAGCUGGUGAUGUUAAUGAGGUAAGACUGGUAUGGCCUCAAUGCAACAUUUUAAAGUCAAUUUUCUGAACAGAACCACUGGUUUCACGUUUUUUAAAGCUGUAGUAAAUUCUGCCAGCUGCCCUGGGUCUCCUGGGAGACCUCAUGGCCAGAAGGAUGCAGUUACCACUUCAGUCCUGUGACAAUCUUCGACGUGGUUCAUAUCCAUUGCCAACUUAACUUGAAUGCACUUAGAAACAUAGCGCUUCAAAGCAAGUAAGCAGAGUUUCUGCAUGAAAAAAAAGGGGGGGGGGGAGAAAAGAAAAGGCAACAGGGUUUGCUCUCUGUGCCUCUUUGCUGCAACAUUUGCACAAGUGCACAUACCGGGACCAGCCACCCCAGGGUUCGCCUGCUGCAGUAUUUUUGGGCCUUUUCCCCAUCUCUCAUCUCGGCACUAGUUGUGUGUGGUGUUCAGUUUACAAUCUUAGUCUCUUGAAGCCAGCGCACACUCAAUCUGUACUGCACGGUAUGCAUGCAGCACAGCACGUCAGUGAUGUUAAGCUCGUGACAGCAAACCCGCAUGAGCAAUCAUGAUGCGCGCUGCCUGGAGCGCAUCUUCAGAGUGACUUAAUCAGGCAAGACAGAGCGCGAUCUGUUUAAUUGCUGAACUCUCAAUCACUCCAAAGUGGUAAUCGGUUACUUUAACUCAGCUUCCACCAAAGACUCUUGUGUUGGGGAGUUGAUUUUUUUUUUUUUCCUCACGGUGUUAAUUUAAGGCCUUUCAGUACACCAAAAGACUCCAAAGCAUUUUUAGAGCAGGUAUCGUGACAGUGAAAUCUUGUUCCAGUCCUGAAAUGCAUUCCUGAAACCCGAUCAGCUGUGUUUGAGUUUCUAAAAAUAAGCCCCAGCCUGUAGUUUCCAUUGUGCAUAGGGUGAAGGUUGUCACACAUGGCUAGAAAAGUCCCACUGAGAAGUGGGAAGGAUGGUUGUGAUCCGGCAAUGUGCUGGUCCCCCAUCCUGACCACACUCUCUCCUGCAGCAAGGGAGAGUGAGCUGCUUGCGAGCACAGGGAGGGCAGGGGGCUUUCUGUGUCCGUGUGGUCGGUGCUGGGAGCUUGAUGCAGGAAAGCAUCAGGGGUUGCAACUGGUUGAGCAUCUCCGCACACCACAUCCAGCAGUGAAAGCAACUCCUAUUGUCAGUGGAGGAGCGUUGUCUCCACGUGGAGCAGGAAGCUGGAGCUGCAGGUGUUUGUGGCCUCUGCUGACUGUGACGAGCAAUCUCUGUGACUUAUGUUGCAAGAGAAGUGUUCCGCUUGAACCACGUUGUUAUUAAAGUGAUUCGUAGCGGUCUUGGAAAUACCUCUGACUUGCAGAUUGGUGGAGUCAAGUGUUGCACUCCAGGUGUGAUCGUCUGUGUUUCCGGUAAUCAUUAUGAAGAAAUAUUCAAGUUGUAAACUUUAUGUACAUUCUAUUAAAACUGUACCUGAUUACAAUA